AUGACGCUUGUUCUGCUGAUCUUCAUCUCUGCUGCCAUCGCCUUGGCACCAAGAGAUGGCGUUCCCAUGUACUCCGAGUUGUCUCUUGCAAAGCAGAUUAGUAAGCAGUCUCCAACUCCGGUCUUUCAACUUGACCAUGGUGCUUUUGUCUCUGAGCUACGACUCCUCAUGUGCCUCACUCCACCAGCCAUACCUCUGAUUUCAACGCUUCCCUCAGCGCAUGGUGACAUAAACAUAAUUAAUGAAAGUCAAAAGCAGCAACUGGAAUCUGUGAGCUACUCUUCCCGCUACGCUCUGGGACUUUUUUAUGAAGCUGGUACACAGAUUGAUGUCCCCUGGGCUGCACAGUACAUCACCGAUAAUCCCUGCAUACGCUUCAUCUCCAUCGAUAAUAAGAAACGCAAUAUAGAGUCUCCUGAAAUUGGGCCCUCAGUUGUAGUCCACACAACUGUGACAUUUGGAAGCGAGCACCUGGAUUCAGACCCAGCAGAGGUGCAGCAGUUGAUUCUCAGUCACUUGGAGAAAAUUGUGCCAUCCUUGCCUAAACCAGCUGGCAUCAAGUGUCAGAAAUGGAGAUACUCUCAGGUUACAAAAGCCGUGCCCAAUUGUUCAGGACAAAUGAUUCUUCACACUCAACCUCUCCUGAUUUGUGGGGGUGAUGGAUUUACUCGUUCCAACUUCGAAGGCUGCAUAGAUUCUGCAAUGAGUCUUGCAGAGGCUGUGAAGUCUCAUUUAUAGCAAUUUCAAAGUUGGCUGCUAAUCAUAGUUGAGAUUUAUGAUGAAUUUUACUAUGCUGGAUUAAAUUCUAGUUUAGUGUUAAGAUCACUGGACUUUAUCUUGCAAAAAUAAAUAAAGGAAGAUCUAUUGGUGUGCUG